UAGUCAAACCAUUGUCCAAGCUCACUCCCUCUCUCUCUCUUAGAUAAGCCAGCCAAAGAUAAUAAUGGCGGAGGUUUUGCUGAGUGCAUCUGUGGAUUUCAUAAUUCACAAGGUAGCUUCAGUUGCAAAUGAAAACAUCAGCUUAUUGUCAGGCUUCAAUGACGACCUGCAAAGGUUGAGAAGAUCAAUCCCCAUAAUACAAUCUCUCUUACUUGAUUCUGAGAGACAGCAACCCGAAAAAGAAACAACAAAACAUUGGCUGAAGAAGUUAGAAGAAAUAGCUUAUGAUGCUGAUAAUGCGUUGGAUGAACUCAGCUAUGCGAAUCUUCGACAUCAGAUCGAGGUACGAAAUCAACUAAUGGGAAAGGUACGCUACUUCUUCUCAUUGUCAAAUCCCAUCAUAUUUCGUUUGAAAAUGGGUCGAAAGGUCAAAAACAUCAAUAUGAACAUGAAUCUGAUAAAUGAUGAGGCAAAUAAAUUUGGCCUCAACAGGCUAGGUAGUGCAGACACCUCUCCUUCAGUAUCUAGAGUUCCUUCAAGUAGAAUAGAAACUGACUCCACAAUUGAUGGAAAAGUUAGGGUAAGGCAAAAUGAAGCACGAGAAGUGGUGAGGGUAGUGACCAGGCCAACCAAUGAAGUACUUUCCACAUACGCCAUCGUGGGGAUGGCCGGCCUUGGAAAGACAACAUUGGCUCAGUUAAUUUACAAUGAUCUCAUAAUUGAAAGUCAUUUUGAUAGUAGAAUAUGGGUAUUUGUAGGGGAAAAUUUUGAUGUUACAAGAAUUUUGCAUCUUAUUUUAGAGUCAUUAACACAAAAAGAAAAUGAGGUACGAAGCAGAGAUGCUUUGAUAAAAAUGGUAAAAAGAGAAUUGCAAGUGAAAAGAUACUUGCUUGUCCUUGAUGAUGUAUGGAAUGAGUUCCCUCCAUUGUGGGACGACUUCAUGGCAUCUUUGAUAGGAAUCAACCCAAUGAGUGGAAACUGGAUCAUCGUGACAACUCGAAGCCAACGAAUAGCAUCACUUGUAACAUCACAUCCUUGCCCUCCCUUGGAAAAAUUGUCAGAUGACGAUUGCUGGUCCAUCUUGAAAGUCAAAGCAUUUGCUAAUGGAGUUGUGCCUUCAAAAGAAAUGGAAACUAUAGGAAAGAAGGUAGCACAGAAAUGUCAAGGUUUACCAUUUGCAGCAAGCUUAGUUGGGGGUAUUUUGCGUGGUAAGGGAGUAGAGGAAUGGCAUUCCAUUCAAGAAAGCUUUUCUAAUGAAGUUUUUGAAAAAAACAUGGCUUUGCAACUACUAGGUUUGAGUUUUAAUCAACUACCCUCCCCGUCUUUGAAAAAAUGUUUUGCCUACUGUUCAAUUUUUGCCAAGGGCUCUGAAAUUGAAAGAGAACAAGUAGUGCAGCUUUGGAUGGCAGAAGGUUAUCUUGAACCAAACAAGGGAACUGACAUGGAGGACAUGGGGAAUAAGUUCUUUAACUUAUUGUUGCAGAGUUCUUUAUUUCAGGAUGUGAAGAAGGAUGUUUACAACAAUGUAACAUGUUGUAAGAUGCAUGACCUUGUACAUGAAGUUCUAUGCCAGGUCUCAAGUUCAGAAACCAAAAGAAUGGACGAGACAGCUUUGGAUGAUAUACCUCAAGUUCAUCACCUUGCACUAAAUUCAUGCAAGGUAGAAAGAUCAAAGACCAUUGAGGAGAAAGCAAAAUAUGUGCGUACCUUGUUCUUGAAAGGUAUAGCAUAUGACAAAACGUUUCAGGUUUUCAGAAGCCUGCAUGUUCUAAAUCUAGAUGGCGCAGGGAUUGAAGCACUGCCAAUCUCAAUUGGCGUUCUGUUACAUCUGAGGUUAGUUGAUGUAUCACAUACCAAAGUAAAGGUUUUGCCAGAUUCCGUUUGCAGGCUCUACAAUUUGCAAACCUUAAGGACCACUGGGUGCGAUUCUCUUAAGAGGCUUCCUAACAAAAUGAGGAAUUUGAUUAGCUUGAGGCAUCUCCAUUAUUACAAGGAUGAAAAUGUUAAGAUGCCACUUCAAAUAGGAAAGCUAACUAGUCUUCGCACAUUAGAGUUCUUUAAUGUGUGUCCAGAGAGGGGUCGGGGAAUUGAAGAGCUGGGAAGUUUAAAGAAUCUUGGGGGUAAGCUAGAGAUACGUAAUCUUGAACAUGUUAACAGCAAGGAGGAAGCUAAGAGGGCAGACCUAUCUGGAAAGAGAAAUAUACGUGAAUUGGAAUUUCUGUGGAAGUGGAACUAUGAUUGGGAAAUUGACAACAAUAUUGGGGGGGAUAUCUUGGAAGGCCUACAGCCUCAUCCGAAUUUGAAAAUCCUUACAAUCAAGAACUUCAUGGAUGAGUUUCCACCUUGGGUAAGGAGAAUAGCUUCACUAGGAUUUGAUAAUGUUGUCCAAAUAAAAUUCUUAGGCUGCAAAAGAUGCAGAGAAAUUCCAUCACUGGGACAACUGCCAAAUCUCCAAUAUCUUGAAUUGAAUGGAUUUGAUAAUGUAACACACAUUGGGCCUUCAUUCUAUUUUACUAAUAAUCACAGUGAAUCUAAUAGUAGCGGCAAUGAUUAUCAUGGAAGAACAUUGUAUCCAGCACUGAAAAGUCUCACCAUAGAAGACAUGCCCAACCUGCUGGAAUGGAUGGAAGCCAGAGUCAUGUCAACUGUAACCGCAGCAGAUUUCCAAGUUGCAGUAUUUCCAAAUCUCAAGGAGCUGACCAUUAACCGUUGCCCCCAGUUGAAUUCUGCUCCAAGCCAUUUUCCACGUCUCAAGCAAUUAAGUAUGUCAAGCAUUGAAAGUGGCUUACUAUUGGAACGGAUUUGCGGAAAUAUGCUCACAACUCUAAAAGAUGUUGAGAUCAGACUUGUGCAUGAGCUCACUUCUAUUCCCCACCAGAUGUUGUACAAUAAUCGAAGUCUAGCAUCUUUGACUAUCAGCUCUUGUCACAGUUUAGAGCAUAUUGCUGAAAACUUGACUUGCUGCAGCCCAUGUCUCAGAAAGUUGGAGAUCAUCAACUGUGAGAAGUUGACCAUGCUGCCAGAAGGCCUAUACUCCCUUCAGUCUCUAGAGAAUCUAAUUAUAUCUCAGUGUCCUAAUCUCACAUCACUUCCUAGCAUACAUGAAGAAGUAGAAGCCUUCACAUGUCUGAGAAGGUUGAAUAUUUCACACUGUGAUGGAUUGACCGUUGUUCCAAGUAAGAUAUUAUGCUACUGCAAGAAUCUAGGAUUCUUGGCAGUCUCUCAAUGUGCCAACCUCAUCUCCUUCCCGGUGGAAGAAUUGCAGCAAUUGGGAUGCCUCACGACCUUAUUUAUAUAUAGGUGUCCAAGACUAACUAGUUUGCCAAAGGGGCUUGGAUGUCUCACUAAGUUAAGGGAGUUAUGGUACGGUCCAUUUUCAGAUGGAGUAGAGUUUGAUGCAUUUCAAGCUAGUCUCCAUGGUCUAGAACAACUGCAGUCCCUUUAUUAUGUGGAGUUGUGUGGAUGGCUUCACUGGAACUCUAUACCUUACCAGCUUCAGCAUCUUACAGCUAUGAAAGAACUCUAUAUACAUGGAUUUGGGGUAGAAGCUUUGCCCGAUUGGUUCAGAUAUUUUCGAUCUCUUGUGUAUAUUGGGUUCUUUAAUUGCCAAAAACUGCAACAGUUGCCCCCCAAGGAAGUCAUGCAGUGCCUAACGCACUUGGUUGAUCUCACAAUUGAUGACUGCCCACUGUUGGGGGAAAGAUGUACAAGAAGAAGCACGACAGAUUCCGAGUUCCACAAGAUCUCUAACAUUGAGAGAAUCUAUAUAAAUCAAAAAAAGCUAGAACACUGAAGGGCUGAAUAAUUCUUGUAUAAAUACUAUGUCUGUCCUUGCGUUUGGUUAUCUGUACAAGCAUUUGAAGCACCUAGAAAUAGUGUGUUUUUUUAUUGCUUAUGCUCAGAAGUAGAGAUGAUCAGUUGGACGUGUAAUCCCAGUGAUUUCACCAACUGGAUUAUCAGUUUCUUUUUGGCUUCAAUCAAGCAAUUUUAAGGCGAUAAUAAAGAGAUGUACAUGAUCGCAUCUGAAGGAAAUUUGGAGGGCUUGUACUCCAUGCACCAUUCUGCUUUUAAUUUUUCCUUGGAUCUUGAUUUAAUUGUUUGUUGUUGUGCCCUUUAUUUGGAAUGUACUUAGUUACUUAGCAAUAUUCAAUAAAGUCCUUAUUCCAUAGACAA